AUGGCCUCGACCAACGAGGUCCCAAUUCCAGGCCCCAGGGGCGUCCCACUCCUGGGAAACAUCUACGAUAUCGAGGCGGAGGUGCCGGCAAACAGCUUCGAGCUGCUGGCUGAUAACUAUGGCGAGAUUUUUCGUUUGACCACAUUUGGCAGAUCACGAGUCUUCGUCAACUCCCACGAAUUAGUAGACGAAGUCUGUGACGAAGAACGAUUCAGCAAGGUCGUCUCCGCUGGUCUGCAUGAAAUUCGCAACGGUGUGCACGAUGGUCUCUUCACAGCCAACUACCCCGGCGAAGAGAACUGGGCCAUUGCGCACCGUGUACUUGUUCCUGCGUUCGGACCGCUGAUGAUUCGCGGCAUGUUUGACGAAAUGUAUGAUAUCGCCCAGCAAUUGGUCUUAAAAUGGGCCCGACUUGGACCCACGACUCCUAUUCAGGUCACAGACGACUUUACUCGCUUGACGCUGGAUACCAUUGCUCUUUGCGCUAUGGGGACUCGCUUCAAUUCAUUCUACCACGAUGAAAUGCACCCGUUCGUUGAGGCCAUGGUUGGCUUGUUAGCCGGUUCUGGAAAGCGGGCCCUUCGGCCUGGUCUAUUUAACAGUCUGCCUACUGCGGAAACUAACAAGUACUGGGCUGAUAUCGAGUAUCUUCGGACUUUGGCCCGGGAAUUAGUGGACGCGCGGAAGGAGAACCCGGUUGAUAAGAAGGAUCUUCUCAAUGCGCUUAUUCUGGGCCGGGACCCUCAGACUGGUCAGGGUAUGACCGACACGUCGAUUGUGGACAACAUGAUCACUUUCCUCAUUGCUGGCCAUGAGACCACUUCCGGAAUGUUGUCGUUCUUGUUCUACUAUCUUCUCAAGAGCCCAAGCGCCUACAAGAAGGCCCAAGAAGAAGUCGACCGUGUGAUUGGCAAACGCAAGAUCACCGUUGAUGACAUGUCUAAGCUUCCUUACAUCACUGCCGUAAUGCGGGAGACGCUGCGUCUGAAGCCAACAGCCCCGAUGAUCGCCCUGCACCCCCAUCCGACUAAGAACCAGGAAGAUCCGGUGACUCUGGGAGGCGGUAAAUAUGUCCUUCAAAAGGAUGAGCCCGUUGUGCUCAUGCUUAGCAAGAUGCAGCGCGACCCGAAGGUGUACGGCCCUGAUGCCGAUGAGUUUAAGCCAGAGCGAAUGCUCGAUGAAAACUUCGAGAAGCUGCCCAAGAAUGCAUGGAAGCCAUUUGGAAAUGGCAUGCGAGGCUGCAUUGGCCGACCUUUCGCGUGGCAGGAGGCUCUCCUCGUGGUUGCGAUUUUACUGCAGAACUUCAACUUCCAGAUGGACAAUCCCAGCUACGAUCUCCGUAUCAAGCAGACACUUACCAUCAAGCCCAAGGAUUUCCAUAUGAAGGCUACUCUGAGAGAUGGUCUUGACCCCACGCAGCUCAGCACUGCUCUCAGUGGCUCUGGUGCUGCCCCCCUAGAGACUGGCGCUGGCAGCCGGGAUCGAAAGCCCAAGGCUGCACCCGUGGAUGGAAAGCUGAAGCCAAUGCAUGUGUUCUACGGCAGUAAUACAGGAACUUGCGAGGCGUUUGCCCGCAGACUGGCUGAUGAUGCCACUGGAUAUGGGUACGCUGCGCAGACAAGUUCCUUGGAUUCCGCCAUGGAAAACAUUCCCAAGGAUGGUCCUGUCGUCUUUAUCUCAGCUUCUUAUGAAGGACAGCCCCCCGAUAACGCGGCUCACUUCUUCCAGUGGCUCAGCAACCUGAAGGGUGGCGAUUUGGAAGGUACCAACUAUGCAGUCUUCGGCUGUGGUCAUCAUGAUUGGUCGUCCACCUUCUACCGUAUUCCCAAGGCCAUCGACCAAUUGGCCAAAGAGAACGGAGCUAACAAGCUUUGCGACAUUGGUCUUGCGGACGCAGCAAACUCGGAUAUGUUCACUGAUUUCGAUGGCUGGGGUGAGAGCUCAUUCUGGCCAGCCGUCAUGGCUAAAUUCGGCGGCGCUGGCCUUGAAAAGAGUGCCAAGCCGAAGUCUUCACUGCAGGUCGAAGUGAGCUCGGGUAUGCGUGCAUCAACCCUUGGACUUCAGCUGGAAGAAGGCUUUGUCGUCGACAACCAGCUCCUGACUUCCCCAGAAGCCCCAGCCAAGCGCAUCGUCAAGUUCAAGCUGCCCUCGGACAUGACCUAUCAGUGCGGUGACUACCUUGCCGUACUUCCCGUGAACCCGAGCUCGGUCGUCCGCCGUGCAAUCCGUCGCUUCGACCUCCCCUGGGAUGCCGUGCUCCGAGUUCAAAAGCCAUCCGGCUCAACUGCAUCCCCUUCGAUCCCCAUCGACACCCCAAUCUCAGCCUUCGAGCUUCUAUCAACGUACAUUGAGCUCUCCCAGCCAGCAUCAAAGCGCGAUCUCAACGCCCUAGCCGACGCCGCCAUCCAGGACGCAGAGACCCAAGCCGAACUGCGCUACAUGGCCUCCAGCCCCAGCCGCUUUACCGAAGAAAUCGUCAAGAAGCGCGUCAGCCCACUCGACCUGCUGACCCGCUACCCCGAAAUCAAGCUCUCCAUCGGCGACUUCCUCGCCAUGCUGCCACCGAUGCGCGUGCGCCAGUACUCCAUCUCCUCAUCUCCCCUAGCCGACCCAUCCGAAUGCUCAAUCACCUUCAGCGUCCUCAGCGCGCCUGCCCUGGCCAACACCGUCACAGAAGGCGGCGAGGGCAUCGAGCAAUACCUCGGCGUCGCAUCUAACUACCUCUCCGAGCUGCAAAUCGGCGAACGCGCACACAUCACCGUCCGCCCAUCGAACUUCAAGCCACCCGUUGACCUCGAGACCCCAAUGAUCAUGGCCUGCGCCGGCAGCGGCCUCGCCCCCUUCCGCGGCUUCGUCAUGGACCGCGCGGAGAAAAUCCGCGGUCGUCGCAGCUCCCCCGAUUCCGACGAGCUGCGUGAAAAUGAGGCCUUCAAGCCUGCCAAGGCGGUGCUAUACGUCGGCUGCCGCACAAAGGGCCAGGACGAUAUCCACGCCGCCGAACUGGCAGACUGGGCUACGUUGGGCGCUGUCGAUGUGCGCUGGGCGUAUAGCCGGCCCGCUGAAGGAAAGGGAAAUCAUGUGCAGGAUCUCAUGCUUGAAGAUCGUGAAGAGCUGGUACAGUUGUUCGAGCAGGGUGCGAAUGUCUACGUUUGUGGUAGUACCGGUGUCGGUGCGGGAAUUCGCGAUGCUUGCAAGCAGAUGUAUCUCGAGAAGCGCCGUGAGAAGCUUGCCGAGUGUAAGGAGAAGGGCGAGACUCUGCCCAAUGCUGAGCUUAGUGAGGAUGAGGCCGCGAAGGCGUUUUUCGACAACCUGCGGACGAAGGAGCGGUAUGCUACCGAUGUGUUUACUUGA